UGUAGGGUAGCAGACGGACAAAUACAUAACCAAGUAAAAGUAAACGUCAACGCCAAGUCUGAACGUUUCUGUACUGUUUAUGGUUUUGAAAAUACACUUGAUUUUCGUGUGGUUUAUUCUUUAAAUUUAAAUCAAAAUGGCUGAUAGGCUGACUCAGCUUCAGGACACCAUUAAUCAGCAAGCAGAUAACUUCUGUAAUAGUAUUGGGAUCCUUCAACAGUUUUCUACUCCCAGUAAAUUCGAUCGCAGUGGUUCUCAGACUCCACAACAGCAGCAAGAAGUUACAGAUUAUGCCCAUUUGUUCGCCACCUUGAUUGCGCGCUGUGCUAAGGACAUCGAUGUUUUAAUAGAAUCUUUGCCCAAUGAGGAUUCAUCAACAGAACUUCAAGUGGCUAGCUUGCGUCAAUUAGAACAAGAGAGUCAGAAAGCAGGAGAAAGGCUAGAAGAAGUUGUAGCUCGUGGCGAAGUUCUCCUUAGCCAAAUUCAAAGUGCUCUAGCUGAUAUUGCUCAAAGUCAGCUAGAUAUGCAACACUCAGCUCCAUCACAUUUCCCUAAUGGAAAUAUAGCUGUUGGUCAGGACAUUAAAAAUAUAACGACCAAUAGCUUUUCAUAUGUUAAUAGUAAUAGCAAUCCACCUGAGCCACAAACAGGUUUGGGUAGUGGAUUUUAAGUAUCUUUUUUUUUUUUUAAAUAACCUCUCUAUUCAUAAGUCCUCAAAGCACUCAUCUCUAAGCAUUUAUUUGUGUUUUUUUUUUUAAAGACAAAAUGCUUUUAUAAUUUGUCUUUAGCUGUUCCUUUGGAAUCAUUGGCCCCCUUCAAACUUUUGUAAAAACAAAGAAACCAAGUGUGUGGAGAGGGGAGGCUUGUGAAGGCAACCAAGAGAACAAAGUUACCCUCCACUAGUGGUUAUGGUGAAGACCUAAAUAAUUAAUCACAGUUUCUUGUAAAUUUGUUUUUUUAAUAUUUGUAUGUUCAUCCCUUACAAAGGGAGACCACAGAAAAUAUACAAUCAUGAUUGGUAUGUCUAUGUACAAUUUCACAGCUAACAUUAUAAAAAACAGUAUUUAAGUGUGAAGGGUUACCUAUAAAUAAAUUUACUGUACAA